GCCACGGCGCGCGCUUCGCGGUCUCUCUGGCCGGGGGAGCCGAGCACGGGAUUGCCGCGACCCGAGCGAAAGACCGCGACUGCCUGACAGCCUGACCCACCGGCAGGUGGCGGAAACGCAGUGCAACGCAGUGCCGCGCGCAGCGGGCAUUUCCGUCGACAGCCUCCACUGCCAUUGCGGGGCAGUCAGCCCCAGUGCGCCGGCCUGUCCGCCUGGAACUCCACGACGUGGUGCUGUGGCUGUGACAGUUCGCCUUGCCUGGCGCGCUACAAAUAGCGCCACUCGCGCGUGCAGCGUGCGCCGUGCGUCUAGCCGUGCGGCUGGAGUGAGUCAGGGAGUGAGCACGCUGCACUGCCGGGGAGGUGCGGGGCGUGUCUGAUGCCGCCGCCGUGCGGCCAGCGGGGACACCGGGGACACCGACCAUGGCGCACGCGGCGCACGGCCAGCACUACAACGAGCACCCCACCUACUACUACCCGAGCAGCGCCCCUGCGGCGGCACCCCCGUACUACUACGUGCAGGCCAACGGCGUGGCCACCGGCCUGCACCACCACAACGCGGCCAACUCGUCGUACUGGUUCGGCAACGACUCGGUGGGCGGCUGGGGCCAGCGCUUCUUCUUCACGUUCUACACCGAGGGCGGCGAGCGGCGGCCCUGGGCCAUCCUGGAGGCGUCCGUGUUCGCCGUCGUGUUCCUCGUGUCCGUGCUGGCCAACCUGUCCAUCGCGGCCGCCGUGCUGCGCUACCGCGAGAUGCGCACCGUCACCAACUGCUUCCUGCUCAACCUGGCCGCCGCCGACCUCGUCUUCGCGAUGGGCAGCCCCCUGGUGGCCGUGGCCCGCCUCACCGAGGACUGGCCGCUGGGCGACACCGCCUGCCGCCUGCUGCCGUACUCGCAGUUCGUGUGCGGCUUCGUGCUGCUGUGGACGCUGACGCUCAUCUCCAUGGACCGCUACCGCUGCAUCGUGGUGCCGCCGUACCGCUCCACGCUGACGCCCUCCCUGGCCAUGGCGCUCACGGCGGCCACCUGGCUGCUGGCGGCCGUCGUCUUCCUGCCCGUGGCCUUCUGGUUCCACGUGCAGCGCACCGAGGCGCCCGUGCAGGACCCCACGCUGCCGGCGCACCUGCAGCAGCAGCGCGACGUGUGCACGCUCGUGUUCCCGCGCAGCGACUCGGUCAACCUGUCGCUGUGCUUCACGGUGCCCGUGCUGCUGCUGGCGUGCCUGCUGCCCAUGGCGCUCUUCGUCUUCCACUACCAGCGCAUCUUCCGCAAGCUGGUGGAGUCCCGCAGCCGCUGGGCCGCUCCCUGCGUCGUGGUGGCGGCGCCUAGCUCCGAGUCGGCGGGCUCCGAGACGCCGGGCCGGCGCGGCAGCGAGCUCAGCUUCGUGGGCAGCUUGAUGGCGCACGCGCACGCCGCGGGCCGCAAGGUGUCGGCCGCGUCGCAGCUGGGCAGCGUCGUCGGCAUGCCCAUCCCGGGGCUGGGCGGCCGGUCCGCGUCCCUGUCCCAGCACGAGGAGCUGCGUCUCAACAAGCACAUCCGCGUGGUGCGCGUGCUGCUGCUCAACGUGCUGGUCGUGCUCGUCAUGUGGCUGCCCAUCACGGUGGUCAUGAGCCUCAUCUACGUGGACGGCUCGCGGCCCACCGAGGACACGGACUUCUUCCUGCGCAGCCACCACUUCAUCUGGGCGCUGCUCGCCGCGCUGCUCAACACGGUCGUCAACCCACUGCUGUACGGGCUCUUCUCCGAGAACUUCCGCGCGUGCUUCGCCAGGCUGUGGUUCGCGUCCCGGCGCCGCGCCAUGGCGGCCGGGGGAGCCUCGGCACCGCGCCACGCCACGCCCGCGUCGCACACGCCGCCCGACGCCCACGAGUACAAGCAGACGUCGCGGACGCCCAGCGGCGGCACGGCGGGCGGCGUCGGCGGCGGGGGUGGCUCCGGCGGCAGGAGCGUCUACUAGGACCGCGACGGCCCCGGCAGGACGGCGACGCCUCUUGCCGGAGCCGCAACCAUGACCAACAUCGCGGAGACGGCACACAUGUAAACACGGACAGCCACCGCUAGUCGAGUGCGAGUGAGAGUGGUGCCGUCUCGCGCGACCUGGGCUCCGUGCCGUCUGUGCCCCGGAGCCAUGCCGGAGCCAUCGUGCGGUUGUCACGGACUCACGGACUCGUGGCGGUGACGUAGUCUGGCCGCCCACAUGAUAAGUAUGUCCGCGAAAAGACCUCCAGCGGACCUAUCCGGGCCGCCAUCGCGAGACUAGACUCUUCGGGGAAGAAAGUUUGGUGCGUGCGCGACUCGAUGUUUGCUCCGCCUUUUCUGUGACCUCGUUUUAUUAUUGUGAUAUGAGCCGCUGUCCUGUUGGUCGGAGCCAUUCCGAUGCUGCGCCGAAACACGUAGCGACGUAGCACUGUAACGCGGAGCGGCGGAGCGAGGCGGCAGUCCAUGGAAGCGAACCAACUUCUCCACUCUAUUUGAGUGACAUUUCGUCCAGUUAGUGUAAUUGUGCCCUCGAGAAAGAGUAAAGCCAAAGUUAUGUACGUCCGACUGAAACCCACACACUGUCGUACCGACCGGUGCGCACUUUGACUUAUUACCAAAGCGUUUGUGUGAUUAGUAUUUGGAUAGGUCUCUUCGUGAGCAGUAUGGCUCUGCACUGUGCUUGUCUCCUAGUCUUGUUUUGUCGAGUAGAACUGUAUGCUAAGAACACCAAUCUCUAUGUAAUUUUCCUAAAGCAGCAGUCAGUAGUCGUUACCACCGGGUUCAUUCCAUUCACACCCGUCGUGGUAUUAUUGUUAUUAUCGCUAAUAAAAGUCAACUAGACUGUCACAAUAAAGUGUAUGUAAAUAGUGAAUCUUCGAUGCCAAAUACUUAGAGUUAGUAUACGCCUGUUUUUGUAAAAUGUUCGUGUUGAACGGGAGAGAAUAAACGACGCAGUUUCCAGUCUUGA